GGUCAAGGGAGUGAAAUCGAGAAGUUUAAGGACCAAGGAGCAAAAAGUGAAUAAUUUCAAGGACCUCCACCAUUCGGUUGCACUAGCAGGCUCAAGUUCCAAGGUUAACAGUCAAAAAGGAGGAUUUCCAGUGGAUCACUAUCGUCUAGAUGCCAAUCACCACCAUCCGAAUGGUGCUAAACAAACUAGAUUUUGCUUCUCCACCAAG